ACACUUGGUCGGCCACUCUCACUCUUACAGCGCCUCCAACGAAGCCGCCGUCGGCCGUCGCCCAGCCCGCCCGUCUGCUUCGGGUCGUGGCCGGAAUACUUUUUCUUGCGGCCGCAUGACGACCCUGCGGCUCGGGUCCACCGCCUGUUCCGCCUUCCUGUCCCGCGAUCGCCGCCCCUCAUCAUCUUACGGCCAUUCCGCCCCGUUAAGGGCCCUUGCGUCCUGUGGUGGGGGAGAAGCAGUCCUAGGGUUCUCUUUCCGACCCAAUAAGAGGUCUCCGAUGACAUUGGAUUCGCCUUCUCGGUCUGCUCGCGCGGCUCGUUUCGUGGCGUCGAGCCAGGACCAUGGUGAUGGAUCUUCUUCGGAGCGACAUGAUGGAUUGCCCAAACGUGGGGUAUCGAAUACGGUUGUUGGCGUACUGGGAGGAGGCCAACUAGGACGAAUGCUGUGCCAAGCGGCAAGCCAAAUGGCAGUCAAAGUAGUGAUCUUGGAUCCCCUCGAAUCCUGCCCGGCAAGUGGCUUAGCAUAUCAGCAUGUAGUUGGGAGUUUCGAUGAUGGUGAUGCAGUUCGUGAAUUUGCAAAAAGGUGUGGUGUGUUGACAGUUGAAAUUGAACAUGUCGAUGCAAUUACUCUUGAGAAACUUGAGCUACAAGGGAUAGACUGCCAACCUAAAGCCUCUACCAUAAGAAUUAUACAAGACAAAUAUCUUCAGAAAGUCCAUUUUUCUCAGCAAGGGAUACCACUUCCUGAUUUUAUGGAGAUAGAUAAUCUUGCAAACACUGAGAAAGCUGGAGAGUUAUUUGGUUAUCCUUUAAUGAUCAAAAGCAAGAGGUUGGCUUAUGAUGGGCGUGGGAAUGCUGUUGCUUACACCAAAGAGGAGCUUCCUUCAGUUGUGGCUGCAUUGGGAGGAUUUGAUCAUGGUUUAUAUGUUGAAAGAUGGACACCAUUUGUGAAGGAGCUCUCUGUGAUUGUGGCCAGGGCUCGAGACAAUUCAGUUUCAUGCUUUCCUGUGGUUGAGACUAUUCACAAGAAUAACAUCUGUCACAUAGUUGAAUCUCCUGCUGAUGUACCUGACAAAAUAAAGAAACUUGCUGUUGACAUUGCUCAAAAAGCUGUCAAAUCACUCGAGGGAGCAGGAGUAUUUGCAGUAGAAUUAUUUUUAACAAAAGAUGGACAGGUUUUGCUCAAUGAAGUAGCUCCAAGACCUCAUAAUAGUGGACAUCAUACGAUUGAGUCAUGCUAUACUUCGCAGUAUGAACAACAUCUUCGAGCUAUUCUUGGUCUUCCUCUUGGUGAUCCAUCAAUGAAAACCCCAGCUGCAAUCAUGUAUAACAUACUAGGUGAAGAUGAGGGAGAAGCAGGAUUUCAUUUGGCUCAUCAGCUGAUGGGGAAGGCACUAAAGAUACCUGGGGCCAAUAUCCAUUGGUAUGAUAAACCAGAAAUGCGGAAGCUCCGGAAGAUGGGUCAUAUCACAAUUGUAGGCCCUUCAAAGAACGUUGUAAAAGAAAGACUUGAUUCCUUGCUGGAAAGAGAAACACCAGGAAGCCAUGGUGUAGUUACUCCACGUGUUGCGAUAAUCAUGGGUUCUGAUUCGGACCUUCCUACAAUGAAGGAUGCUGCUGAAAUAUUAAAAAAUUUUGGUGUGCCACAUGAGGUAACAAUUGUUUCAGCUCACCGAACACCAGAAAGGAUGUACUCUUUUGCAUCGUCUGCAAAAGAACGAGGUAUCCAGAUCAUAAUAGCUGGUGCUGGUGGUGCAGCACAUCUACCAGGAAUGGUAGCUUCGCUGACUCCACUACCUGUCAUUGGGGUCCCGAUAAGAACCUCAUCAUUGGAUGGAAUUGAUUCCUUGUUAUCUAUCGUACAGAUGCCAAAAGGUAUUCCAGUUGCAACGGUUGCGAUUGGAAAUGCAGCAAAUGCAGCUUUAUUAGCAGUCAGGAUUCUCGCUGCUGGUGAUGCUGAUUUGUGGGACAGAGUGAUCAAGUAUCAAGAUGAUCUGAAGGACACUGUUUUGACAAAAGCAUCAAAGCUCGAAGCAGAAGGUUGGGAGAGAUACCUAAAUCUAUGAUUCCCUCGUUCUGGUAUAUGACCUCUCUUGGGUAUUGGAAGUAUCUUCUUUUUGGGUCGAGAUCAAUUGUUCUCUAUCUUGGAGUGAUUUUGAAGGAGUUUAUUUGAGCUUCAACCUGGAUUCUCUCUGUUGUUGAAUAUUCCUGCCUCACGGAUUAAGCCGGGAGCCGCAGUUGGCAGAUUUUCCACAUCCAGAUAAGGAGCAAAAUAUUGUCUUUCAAAGAAUCAGAGGAUCCAAACCACAUGGUUCUUAACAUAUGGUCAAAAUGAAAGAAUUCUAGCCCAGUUUCACUGGUGGUCACCAUUUGAAGUUUUCUUUUGCAAUUUGUGAUACCUACAUCGUUUGACUGACGAUCAAAGCUGUAACUUUUGAUAUGAAUUAUUUGAAUUACCAUCCGAUA